AUGUCCAUAACCAUGCGCAAAGUCGUCAUCUCUAGCUACGGCGACCACUCGGUCGUCUCGAUCGUCUCGGCCCCCAUCGCCGCCCCAUCCAAAGGCGAAGUCCAAGUCAAAGUCCUCUACUCGGGCAUGGGCGGCGCCGACAUCCUCAUGCGCCAAGGCAUCUAUCCGAUGCAGCAAAAAGCGCCCCUGACCCCCGGCUACACCUUCAUCGGACGCGUGACGCAGAACGGGGCCGGCUGCAAAAAACACGCAGUCGGCGCUCUCGUCGCCUGUCUCAGUGUCUACAACGGCCAAGCCGAGUUGGUCAACCAGCCCGAGAAAUACCUGAUUCCCGUGCCCGAGGGCCUCGACCUCCAACAAGCCGUUGCACUUAUCCUCGACUGGAGCACCGCGUACGGACUUGCGUUCCGCGCUGCGAAUAUCAAAAAGGGCCAGCGCGUCUUCAUCCACGGGCUCAGCGGUAGCGUGGGCUCCGGACUCCUGGCGCUGUGCAAGAUGCAGGGCGCACAUGUAUACGGGACUGCGUCUGCUGCGAACCACGCCGCCGUGCGGGCUGCCGGCGCCACGCCCUUUGUGUACAGCGACAAGCAAUGGAUGCAUGCGAUGCAGCAGCUCGGCGGCGCACACGUCGUCUUCGACGCGCUAGGCUUCGAGUCGUGGGACGAAAGCUUCGCCAUCUUGUCUGCGGACCACGGGCUGCUCGUAGGAUACCUACUCGCGAGGGGGCUCGUCCCGUUUUGCCCUUACAGAACAUCUUUCUUUUACAUCCAUCGCGACCAGAAGACGCAUAGGCCUGAGGUCGAGAUGCUGCUGCAGAUGCUGGCGAGGGGUGAGAUCCGUGUCCCGAUUCGCAGGGUGUGGGCGCUGCAUGAGGUACCUGAAGCGCAUCGUGUGUGGGUGAAGGAGCCGGGCGUUGGGGCCGUGGUGAUCAAAGUCUCUGAUGAUGAAAAGGCAUGA